GCAAUGGAUGUACUAUGGCCAAAAAAGAAACCUUCACUCAGUCUUCCCCACCUAUCAAGCUUCUGAAGAUGGAGCAACGCCGACGCGAAAAGUGGUCGCUCGACCCGAACAACCGCGCGUGGCAGGAGGACAAGGGCAAGUUUGGCUACAAGAUGCUCAAGCAGAUGGGCUGGACUGACGGCCAGGGCCUCGGUAAGGACGAGCAGGGAUCGUCCUCGCAUGUCAAAAUCCACCAAAAGAAGGACAAUUCGGGCGUCGGUGCCAAGAAAAACCACGACGACGACUGGAUGGAGACGCAGAACGCAUUCAGCAGUCUGCUCGCCACCCUCAACAAGAACGUUGCGCUCGGCGUCGACGCAAAGUCAGAGGAGGCAAAGCGCCAAGCAGAGGAGUCUGCACUCACCCCGUCCAUGCGUCUCGCGGCCAAGGCGCGCCAGUCACGCCGCAUCUUUUAUGGCAAGUACGUCCGUGGCAAGGACGUUGGCGGCUACACUGAGACGGACAUGGCGUGCAUCCUGGGCAUUUCGUCAAAGUCAGCCACGCCUGCAUCGUCGCAACCCGUGUCAGAGGCGCCCUCGAGCGGCAGCGACAGCGAUAGUGAUAGCGACAGCAGCUCCAGCAGCAGCUCAUCGUCCUCAUCGUCGUCCGACUCAUCUUCUUCAUCCUCCUCCUCCUCCUCCUCCUCCUCCUCUUCAUCAUCAUCAUCAUCGUCGUCAGACAGCGACUCGGAUCACGACCGCGCACCGCUGCGCAAAGCCAAAAAGCUUCGCAAGUCCAGCAACGAGGCAAAGCCAGAGAAGAGCAAGCUUGCCGACGGCGAAGAGGUCAUUGGUGGAAUCAAAACGCACACGAGCAGCGUGUCCAUGUCAGACUACUUUGCCCAGGCAAAGCGACGCCUGAUGGAGGCGAAUGGUGCCGCCCAGCAGCCAGCAACUCCCGAUCGCAGCUCCACGUCUGCCAGCUCCAACAAGAAGGCGGGCUACUCGAACUUGGUGGAAUCCGCGAGCAGCAGCCCGGCAUCCUUCUCGUCGCACCUGGGACUCGGUGCUCAAAACUUUAGCCAAACCGCAAACACCCAUCCCACUCGCAUGGAUGUGGAUUCUGACAGCGGUAGCGAGAGCGAUGACGAGUCUGAUGCCGACACGAAGAAGCCCGCCAAAAAGUCGAGCAAAAAGCAAGACAGCAGCAGCAGCAGCAGCAGCGGCAGCAGCGAUGAUAGCAGUGACGACAGCAGCGAUUCGAGCGACGAAGAGCAGAAGAUUGUCAACAAGUCCUCCAAAGAUAAGCACGCCAAGAAGAGCAAGGCUACAAAAUCUGUCGAAACCGAGUCCGCAGCGAAGAAGGAAAAGAAGCAGAAGAAGCACAAGAAGAAGAGCACCGACAAGUCUGACAAGGCGCCGUCCAAGAAAAGCUCCAUUUCCGCGUCCAUUCCUCAACUGGAUGCAUCCCCUGCCGGUGCCCUUGGCAGGAAGCGAAAAGCAGAGCAGCCGCUGGAGGCUUCUGGAAGCGACCGCAAAAAGGUUAUUUUGGAGGUCGAAGAGCAGCGCAAGCCUGUCGACAAGACCGACAAGAAGGACAAGAAGGACAAGAAGGACAAGAAGGACAAGAAGGACAAGAAGGACACGAAACUAGAAAAGAAGGAAAAGCCAAUCGAAUCCGACUCGGCCAAGAAAUCCAGCAAGAAGAACAAAAAGGACAAGGAAACGACCGUCUAAACCAACUUGCUUUUUUGAUGAUGGUCAUGAUUUGUUGCGAAUGUUCCCCCAUGAUUUGUGCGAAUUAAACUACUCUUCCGUUUUGCA